UAGCGCAAACAAUCUAUACAUCCAAAAACCCUAACCCAUUUGUUCUUAUUAGCAUAUUCCCUUUUCCUUAAAACCCUAAAGCCAAACACAACCCCAUUAUUUAGGGUUUAAGAAAAAUGGUGAUUGGUGAUAAAGGAAAGAAACCCAAGAUUGGCGAUAAGCCUGCUGAAGAAGAAGAACAAAUUGAUGUUGAGCUUGUUCAAUCUAUUGAAAAAUUGCAAGAAAUCCAAGAUGAACUCGAAAAGAUCAAUGAGGAGGCUAGUGAAAAAGUAUUGGAAGUCGAGCAGAAGUAUAACGAGGUCCGGAAGCCAGUGUAUGACAAGCGAAAUGAUAUCAUCAAAUCAAUUCCUGACUUUUGGUUGACUGCUUUCCUGAGUCACCCUGCUCUCUCUGAUCUUUUGAACGAAGAAGACCAAAAGAUAUUCAAGCAUCUAACUUCUCUUGAAGUUGAAGAUUCUAAAGAUGUGAAGUCGGGUUACUCGAUCACAUUUAACUUCAGUCCCAACCCUUACUUUGAGGAUACAAAGCUCACAAAGACCAUCACUUUCCUUGACGAGGGAACUACAAAAAUCACUGCUACAUCGAUUAAGUGGAAAGAAGGCAUGGGGCACCCAAAUGGAGUUUCACAUGAGAAGAACGGAAACAAGCGGCCCCAUGAGGAUGACAGCUUCUUUAGCUGGUUCAGUGGAACCCACAAGAAAGAUGAGCUGGAUGAAAUGCAUGAUGGUGUUGCUGAAAUGAUUAAAGAGGAUUUAUGGGUUAAUCCUUUAUCAUACUUCAACAAUGAUGCUGACGAAGAAGACUUUGGUGAUGAUGAUGAUGAAGAGGAGGACAUUGGCACAGAUGACUCAGAAGAAGAUGAUGAUGAUGAUCAAGAGAACUGAAUGUGUGCAGGGUUUUGCUAAACUUUUCAGCUUUAGGGUUUUACCAGUUGUUUAUCGAUUAGUAGGUUUACAGUUAAUUUGGCCUUUUGCUAUGUGAUAUGCUACGAAGCUUUAAUCUUAUGAUUUAUUCUACACAGUUUAAUCUUCUAUGCCAGUUAAUCAUGUUAUUAUAA